AUGCCACCUAAGCGUCGACAUGAGAGUGACGAUUCACCUAAUAGCAUCACAAAGCCUUCACCUCGUAAAAAGUCCAAAUCCAAACCUAGUUUGAAAGGCAAACAGCCCAGUAUUCGAUCUCAGCGAUCCAUAUGGAACUCGACAGAUGAUUGGGAUACCCUUUUAUCUGAAUCUGCUCUGUCAACAGCAUCGAUAUCUCUUCGACCACCCCGACUUAGGGAAUUACCUUCUUUGGUGAAAUGUACGAUCGACGCUCUGGUCAGGGGUUUUAAACGAUUGUGGGAGACAGGGGGAGAAGCAAGUGAUGGAAGUGGAAGUGGAAAUGGAGUAGGAGGGAGAGAAUUCAAGAUCGCUUGGGAAUAUUUACCGCUACAUCUUAAAAAAGCAGUGAGGGAUGGGAUAUUCAAAUGGUGGGGUGGAUAUCUAACGAUUAAGAUGAUAGCUGAUGUAUUCAUCAUACCUCCAGAAUUGGAAUUACCAGGAGAACUCUUACCUUCCAUAUCCUCUUUAAGCUAUUUAAAAGAAUUGAUCCCUCAAUCAAAUUUAAGAGAUUCAUUCACUUCGUUGAAAUUAACAUAUGCAUCUCAAGCUAGUGAUUUAGGUAUAUCAUCAUUGAUUUAUCAUUUACAGAAUCUGGAAGAAAUAAAUAUAAAAGAAUGUUCUUUGGCUUCUACGACGUCGACGACGACAAGUAAAACCGUCAAAUCCAUUUUGGAACGAACGAGGAAUCUGAAAAAAUUGAAUUUGAAAGGAACGAAAAUGAAAGAAAGUGAUAUCAAAAGUAUUUUAGAUAAAUAUGGUGAUCAAUUGGAAUGUUUCAAGGUUGAUAAUAUACAUUUUGAAAACAUAAACGAUACAUUCUCUUCAGGUCAUUAUCCGAAAAUCACACAUUUAUGUUUACCUGGAAACAUACUUAAUUCACCGUUGAAUGAUUUCCGAUCACGAGCAAAGAAGUUUGGACAUACAAUAGGUUAUCCUACACCUAGACCUACUUCUUCAGAAAGUAUAAUACAAUGGUCUACUUUAGGUAUCUCCUUCAGUAAGAAUGGGCAAGGGGAAAGAGAAGGGAAUUUUCCAAAUUUGACACAUCUAUAUUUACCUGGAUUACUCAUCCCAGAAGAUACGUUAAUCAAUAUUCGACCUGACACAUUAAUCAAAUUCAGUACAGGAUCACAAGGAGGAGGACCACCAAUACCAAUUGAAUCAUUAAUUCACUUAAUCAAUUCACAAAAGAAUUCUAUUAGAAAAUUAUCUCUAGGUCAUAUCAAAUCUUCAAAUUCUAAAAUCACUUCAGCGAAUUCACCAAAUAUGGAAUCAUUCAUUCGUCUAGGCGAAUUACUGAACGAGUGUACAAAGUUGGAAGAAUUCACAUUGGUGACUGAUGCGGGUGGUUCAAAAGAUUCAAUUUGCGAUUCUGGUAUGUCAAAAUGUUCAAAUCUGAUUUACGGACCUGGAUUAAUGGGCAAUUGGAGAAAAAGUUUAAAAAAAUUAUCAUUGUUCGUCCCACAGCAAAUUGAGUCAUCGACCUUCCUCCCUCCUCCCUCAUCUACAAGAGUCAAUCAAGAAGAAGAAGAAAGAGGUACGAUAUGUCCAUUGGAAAACCUUGAUUUACCUUCAGCGAACAUAGAUAAUACAGAAUUAUUCGCUAGUGCUUUGAGCAAAUUUCCUAAAUUGCGAUCAUUGGAUUUAUCAGGAACUACCAUCACUGAUGACGAUAUGAAAAUUAUUUUAUCAAAUUGUCACUCCUUGUCUAGAAUAGAUCUAACUUCGUGUAGAGGCGUGAAUGUAAGGCAUAGAAGGAACAUAUUCAAGGCAUCAUCAGAGGCCGAUAAAUAG